UCAAAAAACCUCUCUCCCUCUCUCUGUCAUCUGCACCCCCACCGCCUGCUCGACCAGUUCGACCAUUUCCCUCUCUCUCGAUCUCUUCCAUGGUUCCUCUCCCUCCGCCAUGCCUUCUCGCCCCAUCUUCCUCUUCUCCCUCCCAAGGUGGAUUGGACGCCAGCUGGGGCUGCAGAAGCCGAGCAGCGACGGCGGCUCCGGCGACAGCGGGAGCGACGAGAACCCGGUCUCCCACUCCAUCGAGUGCUACGCUUGCACCCAGGUAGGCGUCCCCGGGUUCCACUCCACCAGCUGCGACCGGGCCCACCAGCAGCCCGAGUGGGAGGCCUCCGCGGGCUCCUCCCUCGUCCCCAUCCAUGCCAGGCCCGGGCAGCAGAAGGACGGGACCGGCCGCCGGGGGGCUCAGCACGGGCCGUUCGGGCGGGUGCUGGAUCCGAGGAGCAAGCGGGUGCAGCGGUGGAACCGGGGGUUCCUGCUGGCGCGGGGGAUGGCGCUGGCCGUGGACCCGCUCUUCUUCUACGCGCUGUCGAUCGGGCGGAGCGGGUCGCCCUGCCUGUACAUGGACGGCGGGCUGGCGGCGAUCGUGACGGUGCUGCGGACGUGCGUGGACGCGGUGCACCUGUUCCACCUGUGGCUCCAGUUCAGGCUGGCCUACGUGUCCAGGGAGUCGCUGGUGGUCGGGUGCGGGAAGCUCGUGUGGGACGCGCGCGCCAUCGCCUCCCACUACGUCGGCUCCCUUAAGGGCUUCUGGUUCGAUGUCUUCGUCAUCCUCCCAGUUCCCCAGGCUGUGUUCUGGCUAGUGGUGCCGAAACUGAUCCGGGAAGAGAAGAUUAAGCUGAUCAUGACCAUACUCCUCCUCAUCUUUCUGUUCCAGUUCCUUCCCAAGGUCUACCACAGCAUCUGCCUGAUGAGGAGGAUGCAGAAGGUCACGGGUUACAUCUUCGGCACCAUCUGGUGGGGCUUCGGCCUCAACCUCAUCGCCUACUUCAUCGCUUCUCAUGUAGCUGGUGGGUGCUGGUACGUCCUGGCGAUACAACGCGUGGCUUCGUGUCUCCGACAACAGUGUGAGAGAAACGUCCACUGUGAUUUCUCUGUGUCUUGCGCCGAGGAGGUCUGCUACCAACUUUUGUUACCUGCCGGCACCAUGGAAAGCCCGUGCGGCGGGAACAGGACAGCCAUGGCCGGAAAGCCAUUGUGUUUAGACGUGGAUGGGCCAUUUCACUACGGGAUCUACCAGUGGGCUCUUCCGGUCAUUUCUAGCGACUCCGUAGUUGUGAAGAUCCUUUAUCCAAUAUUUUGGGGUUUGAUGACCCUCAGCACUUUUGGUAAUGAUCUAGAGCCCACGAGCCACUGGAUGGAGGUGGUAUUCAGUAUAUGUAUCGUCCUUAGCGGGCUACUUCUGUUCACUCUCUUGAUUGGAAACAUCCAGGUGUUUCUGCAUGCUGUCAUGGCGAAGAAGAAGAAAAUGCAGCUGAGGUGCCGCGACAUGGAAUGGUGGAUGAGGCGGAGGCAGUUACCCUCCCAUCUGAGGCAACGGGUGAGGCAUUACGAGCUCCAGAGGUGGGCGACUAUGGGAGGGGAAGAUGAGAUGGAACUGAUAAAGACGUUGCCCGAGGGGCUGCGGCGGGACAUUAAGCGCUAUCUUUGCUUGGACCUCAUCAGGAAGGUGCCGCUUUUUCACAAUUUAGAUGAUCUUAUUCUGGACAAUAUCUGUGACCGGGUCAAGCCCCUAGUCUUCUCUAAAGAUGAGAAGAUCAUUAGGGAAGGUGACCCCGUGCAGAGGAUUGUGUUUAUCGUGCGCGGACACAUCAAACGCCUCCAAGGCCUGAGCAAAGGAAUGGUAACGACGAGCUUGCUUGAGCCCGGUGGCUUCCUGGGCGACGAACUCCUGUCCUGGUGCCUGCGACGCCCGUUCAUAGACCGCCGUCCAGCCUCAUCCGCGACAUUCAUGUGUAUGGACUCUAUAGAAGCGUUUGGCCUGGAUGCUGACCAUCUCCGGUACAUUACCGACCACUUCCGCUAUAAGUUCUUAAACGAGAGGCUCAAAUGGAGAGCAAGGUACUACUCAUCCAACUGGCGCACCUGGGCUGCAGUGAAGAUUCAGUUCGCUUGGCGCCGCCACAGGAUGAGGACCCGGGGCCCGGCGGCGAGUCCGGUGUCAGAAGAUGGCGGAAGUCGCAACCUCUUGCAGUAUGCUGCGAUGUUCAUGUCGCUGAGGCCACACGACCACCUUGAAUAACUGAGUUUUACUCGGCUUCUUUCAUUCCUAUAAUAAUCGGAUGAAUCCAGGACGUGCUGAGUUCUUGUUAAUCGGAGAGCGUUCUGGGGGGUCCCCAGGGGUGACGGCAAAUAUCGGGAACAAUUUUUUUCAAUGAUUAAAUAAGAUUACCUUCUCUUGAU